AUGAAGACGACAUGGAAGGACAUCCCUCCGGUGCCUACCCAGCAGGAGUUCCUCGACAUUGUCCUCAGCAGGACACAGCGCAAGCUGCCCACGCAGAUUCGCGCUGGCUUCAAAAUUAGCAGAAUCCGAGCCUUCUACACCCGAAAGGUCAAGUUCACUCAAGAGACCUUUUCUGAGAAGUUUGGCGCCAUCCUCGAGAGUUUCCCUCGCCUCCAGGACAUCCACCCGUUCCACAAGGAUCUCCUCAAUACCCUAUACGAUGCCGACCAUUUCAAGAUCGCUCUCGGCCAGCUGUCGACAGCCAAGAAUCUGAUCGAGACCAUCUCCCGCGACUACGUGCGCCUCAUCAAGUAUGCGCAAUCCUUGUUCCAGUGCAAGCAACUCAAGAGGGCUGCCCUCGGUCGCAUGGCCACCAUCAUCAAGCGACUCAAAGACUCCCUCAUGUACCUCGACCAGGUCCGCCAGCAUCUGGGUCGUCUGCCGUCGAUCGACCCCAACACUCGCACUCUUCUAAUUUGCGGCUAUCCCAACGUCGGAAAGUCGAGUUUCCUCCGCAGUGUCACUCGCGCCGAUGUUGAUGUUCAGCCAUACGCCUUCACCACCAAGAGUCUGUUUGUGGGUCAUUUUGACUACAAAUACCUGCGAUUCCAGGCCAUUGAUACCCCUGGCAUCCUCGAUCACCCCCUGGAGGAGAUGAACACCAUCGAGAUGCAGAGUAUCACGGCCAUUGCCCAUCUGAGAUCCGCCAUCAUGUACUUUAUGGACUUGUCCGAGCAGUGCGGCUACAGCGUAAAGGACCAGAUCCAGCUCUUCCGCAGCAUCAAGCCCUUGUUUGCGAACAAGCUCGUCUUCCUUGUCAUCAACAAGAUCGACGUGGUCCGCCCUGAAGACCUUGAUAUUGAGACUCAGGAGGAAAUUCAGGGACUCCUCAAGUCCAACGAAGUCGAAUUGCUGCAGCUCUCUUGCAACACGCAGGAGGGUGUCCAGGAGGUGAAGAACGCGGCUUGCGAGCGCCUGAUUGCCGACCGUGUCAAUCAGAAGCUCAAGGCGGGUACAAACGCCAGCGGCGAGAUUGGCGGUCGUCUCGCGGAUGUCAUGUCUCGUAUCCACGUCGCCCAGCCCAUGGGUGGUCAGACUCUCGAGCCUUUUAUUCCCGAAGGUCUCAAAGACAGGAAGAAGUACGACAAGAGCGAUCCCGAGCGCCGCAGGCUCGCCCGCGACGAGGAGGUGGAGAACGGUGGCGCCGGAGUUUUCAGCGUUGACAUGCGUGCCGACUGGCAGCUCGCCAACCCUGAAUGGAAGUAUGACGCGAUUCCUGAACUGCACAAUGGCAAGAACGUCUACGACUUCAUUGACCCCGACAUUGAGGCCAAGCUGGCUGCCCUGGAGGAGGAGGAGGAGCGACUCGAGGCCGAGGGCUUCUACGAAUCUGAUGAGGACAUUGAUGACGAUGAAGCCGCUGAGAUUCUGGCCAAGGCCGAGCAGAUUGAGGAGCAGAUCGCCCUCACCCGCAACGAGGCUCGCAUGAAGAAGCGCCUCAAGAACCAGGCCAUUAUCCCCCGAAGCCUGCAGAAGAAGAAGCUUUCCGAGCUCGACGAUGCUCUCGAUCGCCGGGGUAUCGACACCGCCGACAUCAUGGACCGCACCCGUGCCGAGUCCAGACCCCGCGGUCGCUCCAUGUCCCGCAGCCGCCUAGGCACUGAAGCGAGCGAUGCCAUGGACCUCGAUGAUAACGCCCGUGCGCGCGUCCGCUCCAUGAGCAGACCCGCCAGCAGAGCUCCCAUCAAGAACCGCAGGGAAGCUGGUACCGCCAACGAGGAGUCGAGGACCAAUGCGGAGCGCAUUGCCAAGCUGAACCAGAGGAAGAUGAACAGGAGCGCCAGGCAGGGUGAGGCCGAUAGGCACACAACCGCCUCGAUCACAAAGCACUUGGUUGUCGGCAAGCGUGGCAUGGGCAAGACGAAUCGUCGUUAG